UCAUAACCAGAUAUGAAUAACAAAACGGGCUUUCAUUCAAAUUGAAAGGGUUAUAUAAGAAAUUCUAUCCAAAUGUUAUUGAGAGAUUCUGGCUCAAGUCAUAUUUAAAAUACUGUAGACUUACAUUUUGAAAUUCGGUUUUCCAUUCCAUCUGCCUAAUAUCUAACCAUUAUUAGUCUAAAUCUGAAAGAAACCUGGACUCUGAUAUAAAAGAAUACAUUUUCUCCUGAAGUGUUCUCACAUUCUCUCUUUCUCUGUUUUCCUUUAUGCUGGCAGUUCUAUAUUAGUGUUGGUUAAACCAUGACCGAUGUGUCUGUGAGGAAAAACAGUGAGAUCAAACGUGAAGAUUCCAUCAUGGGCUCCGGCCAGAAGGAUGACAAGAGCAGCUUUAGUCCUGAUCAUUUACCACCUGUGGGCCAACAUAUACACAGGUUCUCCUCUAUCUCUUUGCCGCACAGCCCCAAGGAAGUUUGGAAAAAAGGCGGGCGUGUUUUCUCUAUCCUGCUAGCCAUCAACCUGAUGCUACUAGCAUGUACUCUUGUCAGUGGUGGGGCAUUCAAAAACGUCAAACUGCAUGACUACGAUGCCUUUUUCAUGCUCACCAUUGUGAUGCUGAUUGCCAUCAUCUGGAUGCUCUUCUAUAUCUUCAGUACCUCCAGGCGGCAGGCUGCCAUCCCUUACAAAGACAAUCACGCAGGACCUAUCUGGCUAAGAGGUGGCUUGGUCUUAUUUGCAAUCCUCACAUUGGUGAUGGAUAUAUUCAAGACAGGAUACUUCAGUAACUACGAGUGCUUAUCAGUCAUCAAAAUCAUGUAUCCAGUUGUGCAGGCUGUCUUUGUAAUUAUCCAGACUUAUUUUCUGUGGGUGUCUGCCAAAGACUGUGUUCAUGUACAUUUGGAUCUUACCAGAUGUGGACUGAUGCUCAUCUUAACCACCAAUCUAGCAGUGUGGAUGUCUGCUGUAACAGAUGAAUCAGUGCAUAAGGCUGAAUCAAAAAAACCAGAUGGAAAUAUUUCACACAGAAUGGUUGAUCUAAAAGAAGGCAUCGCUGACAACUGUGGCUGCAAAAGUCAGAUCUGCCAAAUCUUCAAGAAUGGUUACUUUUGGCUAUAUCCUUUCAAUAUUGAGUACAGCCUUUUUGCUUCUGCCAUGAUCUAUGUCAUGUGGAAGAACGUUGGCCGCAUCAUGGACCACCAUUCCAACCACAUUCAUCAUCUCAAGUUUAAGCUUUUCAAGAGGACUUACUUUUUGGGUUUCAUAAUGGGACUCUUGAUCAUGGCGUCGGGCAUAGCAAUCCUGAUUGUGUAUGAAAUCCAGAUCAAUUCAAAAAAUAAAGCUAAAGUGAAGAAUCAGGUACUCACCAUGUACUACACUUUCAAUAUUGUCUGCCUCAGCCUGAUGUCCAUCAUCUCUGUGGGGGGCUCCAUUGUUUACAGAUUUGACAAGAGAGACAUGGACCGUGAGAAGAAUCCAACUAGAACACUUGACGUGGCCUUAUUAAUGGGUGCAGCCUUAGGGCAAUAUGCCAUUUCCUAUUACUCUAUUGUGGCCACUGUGGCCAGUUCUCCAAGGGACACAAUCAAUGCCCUCAACCUGACCUAUUCCUUGCUGAUGAUUGCCCAGCAUACUUUCCAGAACAUUUUCAUAAUUGAAGGCCUCCAUCGGCAGCCCUUAAAAAGGGAAAGCAAAGUGGACCAUCAGGAGAAAGACAUUUAUGGUCUCACUUUUGUCAACUUAAAUGCUGUAUCGCUUCGCGUCCCUGAAGAUGGAAACGCUUUAUCACCAACAUCUCCAGGACUAGCCAUCCAGGCUCCUCAUGAAAUAACACGAUCCAUCAGUACGUCCAAGAAAAUCAGCUGGCGGAGGAGAUUCUUAAAAGAAAGCUCAUUAUUCCUGCUCCUGUGUAAUGCAAUUAUAUGCAGACAUCAAGGACCUUAUAGAGGCCUAGAUUCACUCCUGGUCACUUUAAAGGACAUUUUUGACUUCAGUAGAGCAGUCUGAGGAGUCACAACUUGAAAAGAAGAAUUUAGUGAAUGUUGAAGACUCUUAAAAGUAACUGUGCCUUUGUGCCAUUUGGAUGGCGUCAUGAGAUUCCUUCCUGACCUUUCGAUCCCUUCUCCAGUGAUUUAUGAAGGGCUCAGGAAAAUACGACCCUGUUAAUGUUCAUACAUGAUGAGAAGAAUCCUGGAGCUGUUCUGGGUUUCGAUGGGACUUCCUUGCUGUCCUGAAUCAGGGCCUGAAGACUGUAUGAGUCCAUCUAAAGGGUUAUUCUGUCAGGAGCGUAAUAAGAAAUGUUAGUUUUUAACGAUAAUUGGAUUUUUUUUUAAUGAGCCUAUUUUUAUAAAAUGUACAUAUUUAUUGAUUCUCAUUGUGAUAAUUAAAAGGGAAAUGAAGCCCCAGAGAACCACCGUAGGGAAACCCCUCCCCGCAUGCCCAAGUUUAGUCCUCUAGUAGCGUUUAACUGGGAGCCUGCCAAAGGUGGUACUUCCUCUGCUGCUUCAGCUCAGAGUUUGCAGCAAGGGGGAUAUUGUUCUCCUUCAUAUCCCAUUGGAGGAUCUCUUUUAGGACGAUGGCAUGAAGUAUCUACAACUCUGUCUAGAGCUAGAUUAGUUAGAUAGUGCUUCCUUCACAAAAUCUUAUACACAAACACACACCCCUUUUAGUUAUAGUUCACGCCUUAGGAUAAUGGUCAUAUAAAUAAUUCCAGAUCUUCUGCAUUGGCUUAAGAUCAUCAUUGUGUUACUAAGCCCUCCUAGCACUAAAAAGAGAAAUUGACCAUCAAUGAGAACCUAUGGAAUUUAUUCCUUUAUAAUACCCUUUCUUAAUUUAGUUGUCUCUUCACAUGCAUCAAAAUGUGUUUUCUGUCACCUUCUAUCUUCAUGUUAAGAGUUUGGGGCAUGUUGCUGGAGCGAUGGGAACUUUGCUAAUCAGGUUGGAGAGGAUUGCUUUAAAGAGAUUCCUCUCUUUUUUGGCCACCAUUGAGGCAUCUCUCCUAGGCUGGUAUUUGGAUGUACCGGUAGAACAAUUUCUACGCCUCUUUGUAUUAAAUUUAAAUCAUGCCGUUCAAUUCUAUAUGACCAUAAACCAUAGCUGAUAAGAGGAGAAAUUAACAGAAUAUAUAUUUCCAUUCCAAAAAAGUAAAUAAAUUUUGCUGGUCCUAAUUUUCAAGAUUAGAGUUCCCUAUUCUAGCUUCAAUAACAGAUUAUGAAAUCUUAUUUGAUUAAUGUGGUGAUUAAUUGAACAGGACUAAGAGAUUCUCUGCAAUGUUACGCUUUCUGAAAUCAGUCUUUGAUAUGCACAGCAGGAUAGCAGCACUAUCUUUGUCUUCAUGCAUACGUAAAGCCAAUCUGGUGCAAAAUUCCCCUUUGAUAUUGGAUUCUAUCUAGAAGUAUCUGACAUGUUUUAAAGGUUGCCCAAAGCUUGGCUUAUCUAAUUCUUUCCAGUGUACAAGGUAACAGCUGUGCUAAUGGUAUGAAUUUUUGACAUAUUUCAAUCUGUGGAAGAAUUUGACUAGAGAUUUGGUUGAUCAUCAC